UCGUGUUCCCUGUAGAACUAGUAUUGGCUGACUCUUGUUAUUUAUUUCGGCGAGCAACUAAGGAAGCGAAUAAGCAUGCGACCGAACUAACGUGCAAUCCUCAGUUAACCUAGCUUAUUGGUGGCCAUGGCUGAAGAGGAGCAGCCCGCAGCGGCUGUGGCCGCAGGCCCGGUCAAAGAUAUUCGCUUCGACUAUAUUCGGGACCGCGUCUGCUCUUGCUUGAAAGUAUCUGAAACAGCCUACGAAAAGCUCCUGUCUGGCGAUGGCAGGACGCCAAUUACCCAGUUCUUGGAAGACGCGCGCGCGAAGCGGCUCUUGAUUGCCGUGGAUGGCAAAGACUUAUCAGCGACCGUGAAGCCCCCGCCUAAGUUCAAGAAGAAGACCGUAUACUUCCUGAAGCUUCAGGAUGCGAAGCUUGACAACGACAACAUUAAAAAGCUGGUCAUCCAUGGCGAGAUUAACGAGAACCCGCUGGAGACCCUGGCGGCCAUCGCCCAGGACGUGUUCAUGCCGGUGCUCACCGCACCGGCCAACCAGCAGGGCUGGCCGGACGUGGUGGCGAAGGAGGUCACGGAGAACUUGCACAAGUUCGUUUCCAAUGUGUUCGUCACCAUCGGGCAGAUGAAGGGUCAGACCCUCCUGCCGCUGCCUCCCCAGGCAACCGUCCCCACGAUGCAGCCGGAGCACGGCAUGAACAGCCUGAAGGAUCAGGACAAAAUCCACAUCCUGGAGAGCGCGAUCGUGACCUGGACGAAGCAGAUUAAGAACGUGCUGAAGUCCGACCCAGAUGCCCCCCUGAAGGAACCCGGCGUGUACCCGGGGCCUCUCACGGAGGUCAACUUCUGGUCGGAGCGCGCGGCUAACCUGAACUCCAUUCACGAGCAGCUGACCAGCGAGAAGACCAUGAAGGUGGUGAAGGUGCUGGAGCUGGCAAAGAGCACCUACUACCCCGCCUUCCAGCGGCUGUUCCGGGAAGUUGAGGCGGCGCGGCAGGAGGCCAACGAUAACGUGAAGUUCCUGAAGCCGCUGCGCAAGUACCUGGAGAAGCUGAACACCAUGGACGAUUUCGCGCAGCUGGUGGACCUCUUCAAACCCAUCAUGCACACGCUGAUUCUGAUCUGGAAGCACAGCAAGUCGUACAACAGCAGCACGCGGUUUGUGACGCUGAUGCAGGAGAUUUGCAACGACCUGAUCAUGCAGGCCUGCAAGUUCGUUCCCGGCGGCGACCUCAUCCAAAUGGAGCCCUCGGAGGCAGUCGACAAGCUGCGCAUGACGUUGCGUGUGCUGGGCACCUUCAAGAACUACUACUUUGAGUACCGCGCGCUCAGCCUGCACGACACGCCCGACAACCCCUGGAAGUUCCAGAACAACUCGCUGUUUGCGCGGCUGGACUCCUUCCUGGAGCGCUGCCACGACAUGAUGGACCUCAUGUCCACCUGCAUGCAGUUCAACCGCCUGGAGCGGGUGGAGAUUGGCGGCACCAAGGGCAAGGUGCUGACCAAUGGCGUGAAGGCCAUUCACCAGGACUUCACGUCGGCGGUGGAGAAGUUCCAGCAGGUCACAUACGAUGUGAUGGACGUGGACGCCAAGCAGUUUGAUGAGGACUUUUACGGCUUCCGCGUCGUCAUCAAGGAGCUUGAGCGGCGCCUGGCGGCUAUUAUCAUCCAGGCCUUUGACGACUGCACCACCAUCGGCACCACCUUCAAGCUGCUGGACAGCUUUGAGGGGCUGCUGGACCGGGAGGUCAUCGCUCAUGACCUGGAGAAGAAGCACACGGACCUCCUCAACAGCUACGCACGCGACCUGAAGGACGUGGCCGACCUGUUCCACCAGUACAAGGACCGCCCCAUCGUGGCCAAGAACAGCGCCCCCUACUCGGGUGCCGCGUACUGGGUGCGCGGCCUCAUGGAGCGCAUCAAGGACCCCAUGGACCGCCUGCUGACCAUGAACAAGAUGGUUCUGGAGUCGGAGCUGUUCAAGGAGAUCCAGCGCUCGUACGACCACCUGUGGGAGGAGAUGACGGAGUACCGCAAGCGUGCAGUGGACGCAUGGUGCGCGCAGGUGGCGGCGACCAGCGAUGAGAAGCUGAACCUGCCGCUGCUGCAGCUGAUUGAGGAGACGCCGGAGGGCAUCCGCGUGCUGGGCGUCAACUUUGACCCUGCGCUGGUGCGGCUGCUGCGGGAGACCAAGUACUUUCUGUUACUGGAGACCGCGACGCCGGAGAAGGGCUCUGGUGGGGAGAGCACGCCCAAGGAGACCACCGUCAUUGCGGUGCCCGACAGCGCCAAGGACCUCUUCGCCUCCUCUGACACCUUCCGCCAGCAGAUCAGCAGCCUGGACCUGAUUUGCAGCAUCUACAACAAGGUGCAGCGGACGAUUCUGGUCGUGGAGAAGCCGCUGGUGCAGCAGAAGCUGGAUGCCGUGGAGCAGGCGCUUAACCGCGGCCUGGUGGAGCUCAACUGGAAGAACGACAACAUCGACGCCUACAUCAAGGAGUGCAUGGAGCUGGUCAAGGAUGUGGACCUGGUGCUCAACACCAUCAAGGACAACGUCAAGGCCACUAGCAACAUUCUGCAGCAGUGGGAGAAGAACCUCAUGUUUGAGCGCAAGGAGGGCAAGACCUACUCGUUUGACGAGCUGAACGACGCGUUCAACCAGCUGAUCCAGCAGCGGCAUAGUGAGAUCCGUGACGCCGGCAAGGAGAUCACCAAGCUGCUGUCCUCCAGCAACCGCGUGCUGAAGGUCAGCAAGGGCGCCGCAUCUUGGCGUGCGUAUGUGGACUACUUUUCCAACAUCGUUAUUGACGGCUUCUCGGCUGCCAUCAUCAGCACCGUCCGCUACCUGCUGUCACAGAUCGACCCCGACAUCCUGGCCAAGUCGGAGAGCAGCCCGCUGCUUGAGAUCCAGGUGGAGCUCGUGGCGCCGGACAUUGUGUGGAAGCCUGAGCUGGGCGAGGGCGGUGUGAAGCCCGGCGUGCGGGACAUGAUCAAGAAGUGGCUGCAGUCCUUCCUGGAAAUCGGGCAGCUCAUGAAGCGGCUGGAUGUGGGUGAGGGCAACUACGCCAAGGAGCUGGAGGAGGACUUUGAGGUGUACGAUGCGCUCAACCAGGUCAUGAUGGUCACGUUGGCCAACGAGACGCGCUGCGAGGACUUCAAGGCGCAGUUCGCCAAGUUUGACUACCUGUGGAAGCAGGACCUGCACGGCACGCUGCAGCAGUUCAUCGCGGACCACGGCGUCACGCUGCCCGACGGCACCAAGGACGACCCGCCGCUGGCAAAGUUCGAGGAGCAGAUCGCCAAGUACAAGAACAUCGCGACUGAGAUCGCCUCCUUCAAGGACACCAUGACCAUCGGCUACGUCAAGGUCAACGCCAAGCCGCUGCGCCAGGCGCUGUCGACCUGGGCGUCCAAGUGGGUCUACCUCUUCACCCACUACCUGCAGGAGAAGGUGGUUAACAGCAUCACGGAGCUCUACUCCUUCAUGGACUCCUCCAACAGCACGCUGGAUCUAAAGGUGCUGGGCGAGGGCAACGAGGAGGAGGAGUACCAUGCGGAGGAGGACUCGGAGGAAGCAGCCGCCAAGAAGGCCCAGGAGGAGGAGGAGAAGCGCAAGGCGCUGUACUCCAUCAUGGCCUGCAUGCGCGACAUCCGCCGCAGGACGGAGCGCGGCACCGACACCAUGUUCGAGCCGCUCAAGGAAACCGUGUCGCUGCUGCACUCGUUUGGCAUCCAACUGAACGACACCGUGCUUCACCAGCUGGAUAAUGCGGAGUUCAACUGGCGCAUUCUCAAGAAGAAGAUGCUCAACCGGCGUGAGCAGCUGGCGCCGCUGCAGCAGGCUGAGGCGGUGGAGAUCCGCCGCAAGUCGGACGCGUUCAAUGAGCGCGUGGAGGAUUUCCGUACCUUCUUCCAGCGCAAGGCGCCGUUCACGGUGUCGGGUGGCGAACUGAAGCUGGAGCAGGUCAAGCCCGCGUACAAGAUGCUCGACGAUUUCCGCUCCGGCAGCGUGGAGGGCUUCCCGUCCGUGCUGGGCAUCAUUGCCGAAUCGAAGCAGCUGCAGGAGGCACAGGACCUGUUUGAGCUGUACCAGUCGGACUACCUGAAGCUGCAGCGCUGCAGCGAGGAGCUGGGCCACCUGAAGAGCCUGUGGGACACCGUGGGCACCGUCAUGUUCACCUUCCGUGACUGGUACAAGACGCCCUGGGACAAGAUCGACGUGGACUUCCUGGUGGAGGAGACGAAGAAGCUGUCCAAGGACAUCAAGACGCUCAACAAGGCCGUACGCAACUACGACGUGUACCGCAUGCUGGAGGAGUCGAUCAAGGCGGUGCUCACAUCGCUGCCGCUGGUGCAGGACCUGCACCACCCAGCCAUGCGCGAGCGGCACUGGAAGCUGCUGAUGCAGACCACCGGAAAGCACUUUGUGAUGGACGACAAGUUCUGCCUGGGUGACCUGCUGGCGCUGGAGCUGCACAACUAUGUGGACGCCUGCUCGGAGAUUGUGGACCGUGCGCAGAAGGAGCUCAACAUCGAGAAGCAGCUGAAGAAGAUCGAGGACACGUGGGCCGGCCUCAGCCUGGGUUUCGUGCCGUACCAGGACUCGGACGUCAUGUCGCUGCAGGUGGAGGACUCGGUGAACGAGGCUCUGGAGGCGGACAACCUGCAGCUGCAGAACCUGUCGGGCCAGAAGUACGUGCAGUCCAACCCCAUGUUCCUGGAGACGGUGUCCAAGUGGCAGAACAACAUGGGCCGCGUGUCGGCGGUGCUGGAGACCUGGCAGAACGUGCAGAAAAAGUGGCAGAACCUGGAGUCCAUCUUCAUUGGCUCCGCGGAUAUCCGCGUGCAGCUGCCCGAGGACUCGAAGCGCUUCGACGCUGUCAACGCCGAUUUCCAGGACCUCAUGCGCGUUGCGCCCGACGUCACCAACGUGGUGGAGGCUUGCACACUGGAUGGUCGCCAGGAGCGGCUGGAGAACAUGCAGUCCAUGCUGGAGCAGUGCGAGAAGGCGCUGCAGGAGUACCUGGAGACGAAGCGUGUGGCCUUCCCGCGCUUCUACUUCGUGUCGCCGGCUGACCUGCUGGACAUCCUGUCCAAGGGCUCCAACCCGCAGCUCAUCCUGCGCCACCUGCAGAAGUGCUUUGACAACAUCGACAACCUAUCGUUCAGGAAGGACGAGCGCGGCGAUCCCACCAAGAUCGCCACGCACAUGCACUCCAAGGAGGGCGAGGUGGUGGAGUUCGUGGCGGACUGCUCCUGCGACGGUCCCGUGGAGGUGUGGCUGCAGAACGUGGUGGACAGCAUGAAGCAGGCGCUGCAGGUGGAGUUCCGCAAGGCCAUCCCCACCUACGACGAGAUGCCGCGCACCACCUGGCUGUACAAGUACAGCGCGCAGAACACGGUGGUGGUCAGCCGCACGUUCUUCACGCAGGAGGUCAACGAGGCGUUUGAUGACCUGGAGGAGGGCAAUGAGGAGGCGCUCAAGGUGGAGCUGGACCGCCAAAUCCAGCAGCUGGCUGACCUCAUCGACGACAUCAACAAGGAGCAGACCUCCCUGGACCGCAAGAAGCUCAUCACGCUGUGCACCAUUGACGUGCACUCGCGUGACCUGGUGCAGAAGCUCAUUGACGAGCGUGUGGAGGACCAGAUGUGCUUCCAGUGGCAGUCUCAGCUGCGCUACAUCCAGAGCGAGAAGACCAAGACCUGCCAGGUCAACAUCUGCGAUGCGGAGAUCGCCUACAACUACGAGUACAUCGGCAACUGCGGCUGCCUGUGCAUCACGCCCCUCACCGAUCGCUGCUUCAUCACGCUCACCCAGGCGCAGCGUCUGGUGCUGGGAGGCGCGCCUGCCGGCCCCGCCGGUACCGGCAAGACGGAGACCACCAAGGAUCUUGCGCGCGCGCUGGGCAUCCAGUGCUAUGUGUUUAACUGCUCGGACCAGAUGGACUACAAGGCCAUGGGUCACACGUACAAGGGUCUGGCGCAGACGGGCGCGUGGGGCUGCUUCGAUGAGUUCAACCGCAUUCCGGUUGCGGUGCUGUCGGUGUGCAGUACGCAGUACAAGACGGUGCUGGACGCCAUCCGCGCCAAGAAGGAGCGGUUCGUGUUUGAGGAUGCGGAGAUCAGCCUGCGGUCCACCGUCAUGGCCUUCAUCACCAUGAACCCGGGUUACCCGGGUCGCGCUGAGCUGCCUGAGUCGCUGAAGGCGCUGUUCCGCCCCGUGUCCAUGGUGGUUCCUGACCUGGCGCUCAUUUGCGAGAUCAUGCUCAUGGCGGAGGGCUUCCAGAUGUCCAAGGUGCUGUCGCGCAAGUUCGUGAUCCUCUACAAGCUGUGCGAGGACCUGCUGUCCAAGAGCCGCCACUACGACUGGAAGCUGCGCGCCAUCAAGACCACGCUGUACGUGGCAGGUGGCAUGAAGCGUGCGGCGCCGGAGCUCAGCGAGGACAAGGUGCUGCUGCGUGCCCUGCGUGACUUCAACCUGGGCAAGCUGACGGCGGACGACACCAGUAUCUUCAUGGGCCUGCUCAACGACCUCUUCCCCAAGACGCUGGAGCUGGUGCCGCGUGCGCUGGACAAGGCAUUCGACGAGGCGGCGGCCAAGGCGGCGAACGAGCUGGGCUACCAGCCGGACGAGCAGUUCCUGCUCAAGAUCAGCCAGCUGCGGGAGCUGUUCGUGGUGCGCUGGUCGGUGUUCCUGCUGGGCUCCGCCGGCUGCGGCAAGACCGCCGUGUGGCGCACGCUCAUGCGCGCACAGAACGCCAUUGGCGAGAAGACGGUAUACCAGGCUGUCAACCCCAAGGCGGUCACCCGCAAUGAGCUGUACGGCUACCUGCACCCCGCCACCCGCGAGUGGAAGGAGGGCCUCAUGUCCGUCACCUUCCGCAACAUGGCCAACAACAAGUCCAACAAGCACCAGUGGAUCGUGCUGGACGGCGACAUCGACGCUGAGUGGAUUGAGUCCAUGAACACGGUCAUGGACGACAACAAGAUGCUCACGCUGGCCUCCAACGAGCGCAUCCCGCUCACACCCUCCAUGCGGCUGCUGCUGGAGAUUAACCACAUGGUGCACUGCUCGCCCGCCACGGUGUCGCGUGGCGGCGUCAUCUUCAUCAACACGGACGAUGUGGGCUGGCAGCCGGUGGUGUGGAGCUGGAUUGACAAGCUGGAGGCCGCCGAGUACCGGCCGCUGCUCACCGCGCUGUUCACCAAGUACGUGGACCCCUGCCUGGAGCACUGCCGCCGCAACUUCAAGACGGUGGUGCCGCUGCCAGCGGUCAACCAGGCCAUGACCAUCUGCAAGAUCCUGGAGGGCAUCCUGCCCAAGGAGACCGUCAGGGGUGCGCCGCCUCCGGACAAGAAGCUGCUGCACUACCACUUUGUCUUUGCCUGCAUCUGGGCCUUUGGCGGCGUCAUGCUCGUGGACAAGGUGUCCGACUACCGCACGCAGUUCUCCAAGUGGUGGGUUUCGGAGUGGAAGGACGUGCAGUUCCCCGAGAAGGGCCUCGUGUACGACUACUACGUGGACGAGCAGCAGUGCAUCAUGGUGCCGUGGGAGGAGAAGGUCACCAAGUUCCAGUACUUCCCCGGCGACUUCGGCUCGCUGUUCGUGCCCACUGUGGAGACGACGCGUCUGACCUACUUCCUGGACUCGCUCAUCUCCAACAAGCACUACGCCAUGUUUGUGGGCAACACGGGUACCGGCAAGUCCGCCAUCAUGGUGAACAAGCUGCGGAACAUGGACACGGAGGCCAUGACCUACUACACCAUCAACAUGAACUCGCUGUCGGAGGCGCCCGCGCUGCAGGUCAUCCUGGAGCAGCCGCUGGAGAAGAAGUCGGGCGUGCGCUACGGCCCGCCGGGCUCCAAGCGCAUGGUGUAUUUCGUGGACGACAUGAACAUGCCGCAGGUAGACAAGUACGACACGCAGUCCUCCAUUGAGCUGCUACGGCAGAUGGUGGACUACCACGGCUGGUACGACAAGGUCAAGAUCCAGCUCAAGGAGAUCAUCAACUGCCAGAUGGCCGCCUGCAUGAACCCCACCGCCGGUUCCUUCAACAUCACGCCGCGCAUGCAGCGGCACUUUGUCACCUUUGCGGUGCAGAUGCCCUCCAGCGACAUCACACGCGCCAUGUACUUCCAGAUCAUCGACGGUCACCUGUCCUCCUUCGACCCGGACAUGGCGAAGAUGGCCAACAAGCUGGUGGAUGCCACCAUUGAGCUGCACCGCAAUGUCAUGAACAACUUCCUGCCGUCCGCCGUCAAGUUCCACUACCAGUUCAACCUGCGCGACCUCUCCAACAUCACCCAGGGUCUGUGCCGCAUGCUCAAGGAGUACUACCGCGAGCCCAUCAAGGCGGCGCGCCUGUGGGUGCACGAGUGCGAGCGCGUCUUCCGCGACCGCAUGAUCAACGACGCGGACAUGAUCAAGUUUGACGAGUUCCGCUUCGCAGUCACCAAGAAGUACUUUGACGACUGCGGCGGCAUGACGGCAAUCGAGGAGCGCCCCCUCAUCUACGCCUCGCACGCCUCCAUGACCUACAACUCCGACGACCUGCCCGUCUACUGCUCCAUCGGCACCUACGACACGCUGCGCAAGACCCUGGAGGACAAGCUGCGCGAGUACAACGAGUCCAACGCGGUCAUGGAGCUGGUGCUGUUCCAGCAGGCCAUGGAGCACGUGACCCGCAUCAGCCGCAUCAUCGACCUGCCCCGCGGUAACGCCAUGCUGGUGGGCGUGGGCGGCUCCGGAAAGCAGUCGCUGGCGCGCCUGGCGUCGUACAUUUGCGGUUACGAGGUCUACCAGAUCUCCGUGAGUUCCACGUACGGCAUCAACGACUUCAAGGAGAACCUGCUGGGGCUGUACCGCAAGGCCGGCACCAAGGGCGUGCCCAUUACCUUCCUCAUGACGGACAACCAGAUUGUGAAGGAGGGCUUCCUGGUGUACAUCAACGACCUGCUGUCCACCGGAUACAUUGCGGAUCUGUUCACGCCCGAGGACAAGGAGGCGUUCUGCAACGCGGUGCGCAAUGAGGUGAAGGGAGCUGGCAUCCUGGACACGAUGGAGAACUGCUGGGACUUCUUCAUUGACAAGGUCCGCCGCUUCCUGCACAUCGUGCUGUGCUUCUCGCCCGUCGGCGACAAGUUCCGCAUCCGCGCGCGCCAGUUCCCCGCGCUGGUCAACUGCACCAUGUUUGACUGGUUCCACGGCUGGCCGGGCGAGGCGCUGGUGUCAGUGGCGCAGCGCUUCCUGGUGGAUGUACCCAACAUGGAGGAGGAGGUGCGCGAGAACAUCGCGUACCACAUGGCCUACGCGCACCAGUGCGUGUCGGAGGCUUCGGAGCGCUUCAAGGAGGCCUUCCGCCGCUACAACUACACCACGCCCAAAUCCUACCUGGAGCUGAUUAGCCUGUACAAGACGCUGCUGCAGAUCAAGCGUGAGGACCUGCGCAAGAGCAAGGAGCGUCUGGAGAACGGUAUCGACAAGAUCGCGCAGGCGUCGUCGCAGGUGACGGACCUGCAGCGCGUGCUGAAGGAGGAGCAGGUGGUGGUGGAGGAGAAGAAGGCGCAGACGGACGAGCUGAUCGUGUCCAUCGGUCGCGAGAAGGCCAUUGUGGACCAGGCCGUGGAGGCGGGCCGUGAGGACGAGGAGUCUGCUACCCGGCUCCAGGCGGAUGUGUCGGCCUUCCAGGCUGAGUGCGAGCGUGACCUGGCUGAUGCUGAGCCCAUCAUUCAGCAGGCGGAGGCGGCGCUUGACUCGCUCAACAAGAAGGAGUUGUCUGAGCUCAAGUCGUUCGGUAGCCCAGCCGCUGAGAUUGUGCAGGUGGCUGCGGCUUGCCUGGUGCUCACGUGCGGUGGCAAGAUCCCCAAGGACCGUGACUGGAACGCCGGCAAGAAGAUGAUGGCGGACGUGAACUCCUUCCUGGCCAGCCUGAAGAGCUUCGACAAGGACAACGUGCCGGUCAUUUGCGUGGAGACGGUGGAGAAGGACUACAUCUCGCUGCCCGGAUUCAACCCGGAGAACAUCAAGGGCAAGUCCGCUGCCGCUGCCGGUCUGUGCAGCUGGGUCAUCAACAUCUGCAAGUACUUCCGCAUCUACCAGGUCGUGGCACCCAAGCGUGCUGCCCUGGCGGAGGCCAACAAGAAGCUGGACACCGCCAACAAGAAGCUCAGCGGCAUCCGCGCCGAGGUGAAGCGCCUGCAGGACCGCGUGGCGCUGCUGGAGCAGAGCCUCAUGAAGGCCACGGAGGACAAGAACGCCGCCAUCGCGCAGGCGGAGCGCACCGCGCGCAAGGCCCAGAUGGCGGAGCGCCUGAUCAACGGCCUGUCCGGCGAGAACACCCGCUGGGGCGCGGAAAUCAAGCGGCUGGAAUCGCUGGAGGGCAGGCUGGUGGGCGACGUGCUCAUCGCGUCGGCCUUUGUGUCGUACGCGGGGCCCUUCAACAUGCAGUUCCGGAAGAGCCUGGUGGACGAGAAGUGGCUGCCGGACAUCAUCGAGCGCCAGAUUCCCAUGACCUCGGGCAUCAAGCCGCUGGACUUGCUCACGGAUGACGCCACCAAGGCUAAAUGGGCCAACGAGGGGCUGCCCACGGAUCCGCUGUCAGUGGAGAACGGCGCCAUCAUGACCAACGCCAGCCGCUGGGCGCUGAUGAUUGACCCGCAGCUGCAGGGCAUCAAGUGGAUCAUCAACAAGGAGACCGCGAAUGGCCUGGUGAUCAUCCAGCAGAGCCAGCCCAAGUACAUUGACCAGGUCAUUCACUGCAUCGAGAACGGCUGGCCGCUGCUCAUCGAGAACCUGCCGGUUGACAUUGACGCCGUGCUGGAUCCCGUCAUCGGCAAGAUGACCAUCAAGAAGGCGCGCCAGAUCAUCAUGAAGAUCGGCGACACCGAGGUCUCCUAUGACAACCGCUUCCGCCUCUACCUCCAAACCAAGCUCUCCAACCCGCACUACAAGCCCGAGGUGGCGGCGCAGACCACGCUGGUCAACUUUUGCGUGACGGAGAAGGGUCUGGAGGACCAGCUGCUGGCGCUGGUGGUGGAUCACGAGCGGCCCGACCUGCAGGAGCAGGCGGCGGGGCUGGUGCGCUCGCUGAACGAGUACAACAUCACGCUGGUGGAGCUGGAGAACAACCUGCUGUACAACCUGGCCAAUGCCACGGGUAACAUCCUGGAGAACAUUGAGCUGAUUGAGGGUCUGGAGGAGACCAAGCGCACCGCCGUGGAGAUUGAGGAGAAGGUCAAGCUGGCGAAGCAGACCGAAGUCCAGAUCGCAAAGGCGCGCGAGGUGUACCGCCCUGUGGCGACCCGUGGGUCACUGGUGUACUUCCUGAUUGACAACCUGAACGCCCUGGACCGCGUGUACCACUACUCCAUGGCCAACUACGUGUUCGUGCUCAAGAAGGGCAUGGACAUGACGCCUGGCUCCAAGGACGAGAGCAAGGUGCCCAUGGCUGAGCGGCUGGGUCAGGAGGUGGACCUGGACAAGCGCGUGGAGCUGCUGGUGGAGACCACCUGCUUCGUGCUCUUCUCCUACGUGGCGCAGGGGCUGUUCGAGCGGCACAAGCUCAUCGUGGCCACGCAGCUGUGCAUGCAGAUCCUGCGCUCGCGCGCCGAGCUGCACUACGCCAAGUUCGAGUACCUGCUGCGCGGGCCCAAGGUGAUGGGCGCUGACAACCCGCUGCACGACUGGGUGUCGGACAGCGUGUGGGGCAGCGUGCAGGCGCUCAAGGAGCUGGACGACUACCAGGGCCUGCCUGAGGACCUGAUCGGCAGCUCCAAGCGCUGGCGCGAGUGGAUGGAGCUGGAGCGGCCCGAGGAUGAGCCGCUGCCGGGUGACUGGAAGCGCAUGCAGGAGUUCGACAAGCUGCUGCUCUUCAGGGCCCUCCGCCCCGACCGCCUGACGUCCGCCAUGGGCCGCUUCGUGACCAACAUGCUGGGCGCCAAGUACGUCACCAGCCAGCCCUACGACCUGGAGCGCUCCUUCCAGGACGCCAGCCCCGGCACACCCAUCUUUGUCUUCCUGUCCCCCGGUGUGGACGUGGCGGGCAGCGUGGAGGCGCUGGGCAAGAAGCUGGGCUUCACGCUGGACAACGGCAAGUACGCAUCCGUGUCGCUGGGUCAGGGCCAGGAGCCCAUUGCGAUGGACCGCCUGUCCGCGGCGCACAAGAACGGCGGGUGGGUGCUGCUUCAGAACAUCCACCUCACCAUCGACUGGACCACCAACCAGCUGGACAAGAAGGUGGACAAGCUGGUCGAGGGCGCGCACUCGGACUUCCGGCUGUUCCUGUCGGCGGAGCCGCCUCCGGCACUGGAGCGCGGGCUGCCUAUUUCGCUGCUGCAGAACAGCAUCAAGCUCACCAACGAGCCGCCGGAGGGUCUGAAGGCCAACCUGCGUCGCGCCUGGAACAACUUCAACGAGGAGAUCCUGGAGAGCUGCGCCAAGCAGGCGGAGUUCCGCGCCAUUGUGUUUGCGCUGUGCUACUUCCACGCGGCGCUGCUGGAGCGCAAGAAGUUCGGUGUGGGCAACCUGCCGGGCGCGCGGUCGGGCAUCGGCUGGAACAUGAACUACCCGUUCAACACCGGCGACCUGCUGUGCUGCGGCCAGACCGCCAACAACUACCUGGAGAACAACGUCAAGGUGCCGUGGGAGGACCUGCGGUACAACUUUGGCGAGAUCAUGUACGGCGGCCACAUCGUGGAGGACUAUGACCGCCGCCUGGCCAUGUGCUACCUGCGCAAGUAUGUCAACGAGGGACUGCUGGAGAACAUGGAGUUCUUCCCCGGCUUCGGCAUGCCGCCCAACACCGCCAACCACCGGCAGGUGCUGGAGUUCAUCGACGAGCAGAUGCCGCCCGAGACGCCCCUUGCCUUUGGCCUGCACCCCAACGCGGAGAUUGGCUUCAAGCUGCGCGAGGCGGAGUCUUUCUGCAACAGCCUGGUGCAGCUGCAGCCACGCGAGGCAAGCGGCGAGGGCGGCAUGAGCGCCGAGGAGCGUGCCAAGCUGGUGCUGGACGAGGUGGUGGACAAGCUGCCCGACAUCUUCGACAUGGAGGACGUGCGCUCCAAGAUCAACCCCGACGACCCCAACAUGCCCUUCGUCAUGGUGGCAAUCCAGGAGUCGGAGCGCAUGAACAUGCUGCUGGCGGAGAUGAAGCGCUCGCUGCUGGAGCUGGACCUGGGCCUCAAGGGCGACCUCACCAUGACGGAGCCCAUGGAGCGCCUGCUCAAGGCGCUCGCCACGGACGCGGUGCCCGGCUCCUGGCGCAACCUGGCCUACCCCUCGCUGCGGCCGCUGGGCUCCUGGCUGGGCAACCUGCUGGCGCGGCACGCGCAGCUGGUGGACUGGACGGCGGAGCUGAUGACGCCCAAGGCGGUGUGGCUGUCGGGGCUGUUCAACCCGCAGUCCUUCCUGACGGCGGUCAUGCAGGCCACCGCGCGGCGCAACGACUGGCCGCUGGACAAGACCGUCAUCAUCACCGAGGUCACCAAGAAGCAGCCCGACCAGAUCGAGGCCAACAGCCGCGACGGCGCCUUCGUGCAUGGGCUUACGCUGGAGGGUGCGCGCUGGGAUGACAAGAUUGGCGCGUUGGAUGAUUCCAAGCCCAAGGAGCUGUUCUGCCCCAUGCCGGUGAUUCUGGUGCGUGCGGUGACGCAGGACAAGGCGGAGAUGAAGGAUGUGUACAAGUGUCCGGUGUACACCACGGAGGCGAGGUUCCGUGAGGAGGUGUUUGAGGCGCAGCUGAAGAGCAAGCACUCGGAGAUUAAGUGGGUGCUGGCGGGCGUGUGCCUGUUCUUGGACGUCGUGUAAGACGUAGGUGGUGAUGUUCGACUGCUUUCUCUACUAAGGUAUUGUUAGUGACAAGCUGUUCUUAUUUAUGAGACGCACCACGUGCGGUGAUCAGUGCCGAAUGUGACGAUGGCGGGGCGCCUACUGCGUGAUACUUGUGGACAAAUGUAGAUUACGCGUGUGAGGGCAGGACAUGUGCGUGGUUACUGCCGCUUUCGGACGCAGGUGACUAGGUGUGCGUACAGGUUGUGUGUUUGUGACCUUACGUCCUUUCAGCUGAAUGUCAUUGCUGGCUGGAACUCGAAGGGGACUUGGGGUGCACUUGGCGUAUGUAUAUAUCCUUUCGCAUGAACGUGAUUCCUGCAUGCCGCCUCACCCGGAGGGGGACGAAGCACAGCGUUCAUGGUUGGCAUGUCUUAUGUAACAUACAAGGGCAUACG